GAGGAGAGAACAAUAGGAAUUGAGGAAGAUAGCGAAAAUGUCUUGGCAAACGUAUGUUGAUGAGCAUCUGAUGUGCGACAUUGACGGUCACCACCUCUCCGCGGCGGCGAUCGUCGGCCACGAUGGCAACGUGUGGGCCAAGAGCGAUUCCUUCCCGCAGUUCAAGCCUCAGGAAAUCACUGCUAUUAUGAAUGAUUUCAAUGAACCAGGAUCCCUAGCUCCUACUGGCUUGUUUCUUGGGCCCAACAAAUAUAUGGUUAUCCAGGGAGAGGCAGGAUCUGUUAUACGUGGAAAGAAGGGUUCUGGAGGAGUCACUGUUAAGAAGACCAAUCAAGCAAUUAUUUUUGGCAUUUAUGAUGAGCCCAUGACACCAGGGCAAUGCAAUAUGGUGGUGGAGAGGCUGGGAGAUUACCUCAUAGACCAAGGCCUGUAGCUUUCCGGUCAUAUAGCUACAUGAUUUACCCCCUCCAAUCUAGCAUAUUUUCCACCAGUCUAUUACCAUUUCUAAGCAUCCAUUUGUGAGAGCAUGAGCUUCUUGAUGCCUUUGUUUGUCUAGCUAAUAAUCUUCUAACCUGGCAAGAUUGUUAUCUUACAUGGCACUUGUCUUAAUAUUUUAUUCAAUAGUUAUAUAAUUGUUACUGUUUA